AUGGCUUCUGCUAAAUUCAUCAUUCUUGUCAGCCUUUUGGUUCUCUGUGCCUUUGUCACUCAAACUGAAGCUCAAUAUGCUUAUUCUCCAUACAGCUAUUAUGGAUAUGGAUAUGGAGGAUAUCCAUACUACAACUACUAUUAUCCAUCUUACUACACUGGAUAUUAUGGAUAUUACGGAAAGAGAGAAGCCGGAUUUGGACCACAACAAGCUCAACCACAAGUUCAAGCUCCUCAACAUCAAAGCAACUGA